AUGCCACGACGAAAGGGAGGCCGAAAGUCUCUUGGACCAGAGGAGGAGGAGGACGAAAAGGAUGAUUCGAAGACUGAGGAGCAAAAAUUGGAAGACCAAGAACAAACACUGUUGUCAACCCGCACUGGCGAACGGUAUUUCCAUCCGGAGGAACUGAAGCAGUUAAUGCCGCAGUUCAAGGAAGGAGGUGGUGUCGGGGAUUGGAUCGAAACAGUCGAUCACUAUCGAGUGCUGUAUUCGUGGUCGUCAAAAACGACACUGUUGUACGCAUCCUGUCGUCUAUCGGGUGCGGCGUACCAGUGGUAUCUAGGCGAGCGACCGUCGAUUAAUGCGUGGGACGAUUUUAAGGCAAAAAUUUGCGUUGCCUUCCCGGAUCACGAAGAUGAAGCCGAUGUACAUCGACGAUUGGCAAAGAGCGUGAAGGAUGGAAAGAAAUCGUAUGACAAUUAUGUGUUUAGGAUGAACGCCAUUGGACAGAAGGGAAAGUUAAGUAGUUCGGCAAUAAUCAAAUACGUCAUUAGUGGGUUGUAUUAUGAUCCGCUGUACGGAAGCGUCGCUACAAGGAAAUAUGAAUCCAUCUAUGAACUUCUAGAACAUAUUCGUUACUGCGAGUCUAAUCAGGAGAUGUGUAAGCGGCGAAAUUUCCCUUCGAAAGCAAUCGUUUCUAAAGCAAGUCCGGUUGGAGGAGGCAAGAAGCAGCAUGAAGAGAACCGUUCGAACAACGAUGCAGAUGGCCAAGCGAAGCGGAGCUCUAAGGAUGAGUGUUUUAACUGUCAUGGUCCCGGACAUAUAUCGAUAAAUUGUCCGCAGCCUCAACGUCGUUCUCGCUGCCCAGUGUGUAACAAGGUGGGGCAUGGCGAGGAAACUUGUUUCAAGCGACGAAGUGAAACGAAUUCAAGGUCCCCCGACGGAGCAGUUGAACCAAAACAACCGGCGAGUAACAGUAACUCAGCGUACCCGAUUGAAUGCGGAAAAAGUGAUAAAAGAAGGAGCGUUGAAAAAUUCUUGGAGGUCGAUGGUCAAUCGUUAUUACCAGUUGAGCUUAUCGUGGGAGACCAGAUGCAAAUGAUCGAGUCACUUGCCGAUUCGGGAUGCCCCGUGAGUCGUAUUAAAAAAUGUUGUUUUUCUAACGAACAAAUGUAUUGUCCCAACAGUGACGAAGAAUUAGUGGGGGCAAAUAAUUCGCAAAUCGAAAUAUUAGGGUCGUACUCGACCAGAGCCAAAGUUAGAUCGGAUGUAUUUGUAGCUAAUUUAACAGUGGGCGCAGAUAGUACGAUGAAAAUGGGCAUGAUAUUGGGUAGAACAUUUUUCGAAGAGAAUGAUAUUCGCGGUUUGAUAUUUGAGCGCGAUCGAGGUGUAAACACAAACUUCGAUGUUGAAGCGAUGCAAGAUGUUUUUGACGGCGAUGUAGAAUCUUUGUUCGUGGACGAAAAAUGUACUCUUGAUGUUGGUGAUUCAGAUGAAACUAGAUCGUUAAGCGGUACAGUGUGCAAACUGUUCGAAGCUGAGUACUUGUCUCGCGAUAAACCGAUCGAACCCUUAGUAAAGUACUGUGUUGAGAUAAAGCUCAAAGAUAACAGAUAUUUCAAUUCAACUCCUCAACGUUUAAGUGAUUAUGAGCGGAAGGAGCAAAACAAGAUUGUUAAUGAUUUGUUAGCGAAAGGUAUAAUUCGUGAGAGUGAAUCGCCUUAUACGAGCCGGGUAGUACUAACGCGGAAGAAAAACGGAGAAUAUCGUCUCUGUGUCAACUAUAAGCCGUUGAACCGACUUUUCGAGCGUAACCAUUAUCCUCUUCCAAUAAUUGAAGAUCAGAUAAGUAGACUUCAGGGGCGUAAAUAUUUUACUUCGCUUGAUAUGAAGAACGGCUUCUAUCAUGUCGAUAUCGCGGAAGACUCGAAAAAAUACACGUCGUUCAUUACGGAAAGCGGGCAAUACGAAUUCAACAAACUGCCGUUCGGUUACGCCAACUCACCUAGUAUAUUUGCGCGGUAUGUUUCUAAAGUUUUGGAUCCAUUCAUUAAAAGUGGUGAGAUUGUAGUUUUUAUUGAUGAUAUUAUGGCAAGCUCUGAGACUAUUGAGGAGCAUUUAGAUUUACUGAAAAGGCUAUUUCGAGUGUUAUCAGAUAAUCACAUUCAGUUGAACGUCAAGAAAUGCUCUUUCUUGAAGUUGAACGUUGUAUUUCUCGGUUACGAAGUAACAUUUAAUCAGAUUCGACCGUGCAAUCAGCAUAUCGAAAACGUUGAAAAGUUCCCGGUUCCGACGAAAGAAAAAGCGUUGCAAAGAUUUCUCGGAUUGAUGAGUUAUUUCAGGAAGUUCAUUUAUCGGUAUAACCAGAUCGCGAAUCCGUUAUACGAACUGAUGAACAAUCAUGAUAAGAAGUUCAAGUUUGAGUCACGACAUUUCGAUGCGUUUGAGAAGCUGAAAGAGGCUUAA